UUAAAACGAGCAAACCAGCAUAUGUCCAUCUGGCUCUCGAUUUCUGUCCCUUGGGGUUUUUCUGUCCUUUGGAAAACUAACUCGACUGGACCAUACGCUGAUGUCGGUUGAUCUACGUGCAUCUCGUACCUGUCUGCGUUUCCCGUCUCGAGUCGUCACCGUCUCGAGGGCCCAGCUAUCUUCAGUUCACACUGGAGAUCUCACUAGACCUAUUGAUAGAGGUUGAGUCAGAAAGAAAAUCAAACAGACACAUCAUAUCAAGAGAAACAAGAGGCUGCUAAAAUAAAAAGACCAGCUAUUCAACAUGGCUCUUGCUUCCAGUGCCACUAUCCCUGUUCUCGAUGCCGCUCUCGUGCACGAGAAACUGGAAAGCAUCGACAAGAACUCCUCAACCACCACGACGAACCUCGACGGAGUCCGCAUCGUCGCUCCACACGAGUACAAAGAGGCCGCAGCAUGUCUUGCUGAAGCAUUUCGCUUUGACAAUAUCGUCCGCUAUGCUAUCGACACCCCCGAUCGCGAGCAUUUGACUCAAGAGGAGAGGUUCGAGAUGCACAAAGCUGUCAUGGAAUAUGUCACUUAUGCCCAUUGUCUCAACGGCUUAGUCUUGACCGCCGGAGAAAACUACGACUGUGUCGCUCUGUGGCUUCCCCCCGGAAAGAACAUUGACGACUGGGUGACGGUCAUUCGAAGCGGAAUGUGGCGGCUUAGCUACAAGUUGUCCAAGGAAGGCAAGAUUCGUUUCUUCGAUGAGUUUCUGCCGUUGCUGCACGAUACUAAGCAGGAGAUCCUGGGUGAGAGAGAUGAUCAGUCUUGGUAUCUCAACUACGUGGGAACGAGACCUGAGGCUCGUGGCAAAGGUUAUGCCAGAAAGGUGAUCGAGUAUGUUUCGAAGCUGGCUGAUGGUCAUGGCCUCCCAUGCUACCUCGAGAGUUCUCACGACAUCAAUAUCAUCAUCUACGGUAAGCUUGGGUUCGAGCUCAGGAAACAAAUCUUCUUGACCAGGGCGCCUGGCAAAGAACUUCGGCUGGAUGUCAUGGUAAGGGAGCCUGUUGGCCGUGAGAAGAAUGAAGAUACAGCUGCAUCAAAGGCCAAGUGACAAGAGAUGGUUGCUUUGGCAGCAUAGGAGUCCCA